GGUCAGACUGAUCGAAUGACGCAUGCGCAUUGCGCAACAGCUAUCAGGAACUUCACCAGCCGACGAGAUGUGGACUGGAGUGAAUAAACAGCGAUAACUGGAGUUUCCUGUGACUCCAUUAAGACAUCUCUCUGUUGUGCCGACAUGAGGUCAACAUGGAGGCCUUCACCUCUGCCGCUGCUGAUUCUCUUGGUCUCCAGCUGUGUGUCCGUUCAGAGCAGCAAGACCAACUUCGUCCUGAUGAUGGUGGACGACCUGGGGAUUGGAGACCUGGGCUGCUAUGGCAACACAACACUGAGGACCCCCAACAUUGACCGUUUGGCCGAGGAGGGGGUGAAGCUGACUCAGCACAUCGCGGCAGCGAGCCUUUGCGCUCCCAGCAGGGCGGCGUUUCUCACCGGGCGAUACCCGAUACGAUCAGGUGUAGCUGGUGAUCUGAGACCUGGAGUUUUUAUAUUUAACGCAGCGUCUGGAGGCCUUCCCAGCCAAGAGGUGACGUUUGCCAAGAUUGCCAAACAGCAGGGCUACAAGACAGCUCUCAUUGGAAAAUGGCACCUAGGACUCAACUGUGAGAGCAGUGAAGAUCACUGCCACCACCCGAGCAACCACGGCUUUGACUUCUUCUUCGGUAUCCCUUUAACCAACCUGCGGGACUGCCAGUCCGGACACGGCACCGUGUUCCGGAUUUAUAAAUAUUUACCGUACGAGACAGUGGCCAUCGUCCUGCUCACAGCAGCCUUCCUCCACUACAGAGGAGUGAUCACCGUCAGCAGAGGGCUGCUCGGGAUCCUGCUCUCUCUGUCGGCCGCUGCCACAUGUCUGACUGUGGGAUUCAUCAUGAUGAUCCCAUACCUCAACUGUAUUCUCAUGAGGGACCACAGGGUUGUGGAGCAGCCAUUCACAUCUGAAAACCUGACCCAGAGGAUGACUCAUGAGGCUGUGGACUUCUUGGAACGGAACUCAGCGACACCUUUCCUGCUGUUUUUCUCUUUCAUCCAAGUGCACACAGCCAUGUUUGCUUCAGCAGCAUUCAGGGGAACGAGCCGCCACGGUAUCUACGGAGACGCUGUGCACGAAGUGGACUGGAGUGUAGGUCAGAUCAUGCAGACUCUGGACAGACUGAACCUGAGAGAAAACACUCUGGUUUACCUGACCUCAGACCAGGGGGCUCACCUGGAGGAGAUCUCUGACGGAAGAGAAGUGCACAGAGGGUCCAAUGGAAUAUAUAAAGCAGGGAAGUCCACAAACUGGGAGGGAGGAAUCCGAGUCCCGGGAAUUCUGCGGUGGCCGGGGAACAUCCCUGCCGGCAGAGAGGUGGACGAGCCCACCAGCAACAUGGAUCUGUUCCCCACGGUGGUGAAGCUGAGCGGAGCCUCGGGCCCAGAGGACCGGGUGAUAGACGGUCAUGACCUCAUGGAUCUCCUUCAGGGGAGGGUGGACCGCUCCAACCACGAGUUCCUGUUCCAUUACUGCAACGCAUACCUGAACACGGUCAGAUGGCAUCCCCAAAACAGUAGCUCCGUGUGGAAAGCCUUUUACUUCACCCCGAACUUCUACCCAGAGAACGGGACAGCCUGCUUCCACACACACGCCUGCUUCUGCACGCCGGGCUUCGUGACCUACCACGAUCCUCCGCUGCUCUUCGACCUCUCCAGGGACCAAUCAGAGAGCACGCCGCUCACUCCCAGCACCGAGCCCGCCUUUUACUCCGUCCUAGCUGCGAUGGAGGAGGCGGCUGAGAAGCACCGGGGGUCGGUGGAGCCGGUGGAGAGCCAGAUGUCGGCGCUGAACCUGAUGUGGAAGCCCUGGCUGCAGCCGUGCUGCUCCACACUCUCACAGCUCUGCCAGUGCCAGCAGGACCAAUAGGGGAAGACUUCAGGGUUUAUACCGGCAAACUCUUCCAGGAAAUUCACGUCAACUUCAACCUGACUGAUUGGAAUCAGCAAACUGAUGUGGAAAACCCUCCGUAGCUAUGAUGCUAUUGGUUUUUUGCUUCAAAGUAAACUUGUAAUUUUCCCGCCCAGCCCUCAGGAAACAAAGGUCUGUUUCUGCAGUGUGGGAGCUUGUUGGGCUUUUGUUUAUUAGUUUCCCUUUCAGGAUGGAUCUCCCAGCAGCCCCCUGGCUCAGUAGGAGAGUCUGCUGUGGUAAUGUGGUUACUGCGGCAAUCACAUUUCCCAAAUGAGUUUAGACGUGGGCAGAAGCACACCGCGUGAGUGUUUGCAAGUUGCAUACAUGAGAGAAUUUCCCUUCCUCCGUGGAAAAUGAUACUUUAUUCAUGUUGGUGUUUAAAACUAUGAAUAUAACGCUGCUCUUCACUGCAUUUCAACAUUUCAGAGUGGUAACAUAUUGCAGGUGUGCGUGGCUGUAAUGAACAGGGCUACUUUAGCUUUCCUGUUUUCCAUUCUUCAGUGUUUAAUUACUGAAGAGGAAUUUUCCAACAAGAAUAGCUGAAACAAAAAGUAUAAAGAACACAAGCCGGGGAAUCUUUGCCCCCGGGGGGAAUCUGUAAUUUAAGGGAAGCUUUAAUUGAGCCUCAUUAUCAGAGCCAGCAGGUAGGCUUACAUAACGCCAGAGUGGAAACACUACUGGGUACAUCUGUGUGUCAGUGGCUUACAUAUGAAGGCUAUUUAAGAUGUUGAUAUUACUUUUUAUAUGGUAAUUAUGUAUUUUUACAGUGCCUCCCAGCAUCAGUUGUGAGUCAAUUAGUGCUGUGUAUUAUUUGAAAUGUUCCGAUACCAGUGUUGAUACCCUAACUUGAGUUUCAGUAACAUAAAGUAUGUUUGAAAAUGAA